GAAUGCCAUCUUUAUUAGUUGUCUGUGAUGCGCGGAGCAGAGCGGUUGAAGUGUCAAGUAGUGAAAUCGACCACAAUAUUUGGAUGAACAUGGUGUUUAUACAGAAAAGAUGAUUUUUAACGUGCUAUUUUGAUGAGGAUAAAUUGACGAAAAAAUGGUUAGCAAUACCUCACGGGGAACUCCCCGUAUCCAGGUCUUUAGACCCACAUACGAAGAAUUUAAAGAUUUUACCAAGUAUGUGGAAUACAUGGAAAGCAAAGGAGCUCAUAAGGCUGGCUUGGCAAAAGUAAUUCCUCCAGUUGAAUGGAUCCCAAGAAAAAAAGGCUAUAAUUUGGAUGAUAUGGAUCUCACAAUUCCUGCACCAAUUUGCCAGGUGGUAACUGGCAAACAAGGUCUUUAUCAGCAAAUUAACAUACAAAAGAAAUCAAUGACUGUUAAAGAAUAUAGGAAAUUGGCUAACUCUGAACGGUAUAAUACUCCUCGUCACUUUGAUUACGAAGACUUAGAAAGAAAGUACUGGAAGAAUAUAACAUAUGUUGCACCUAUAUAUGGGGCAGAUGUAUCUGGCUCGUUAACUGAUCCAGAUGUGAAAGAGUGGAAUAUUAAUCACUUGGGAACAAUACUUGAUUAUGUGAAUAAAGAUUAUGGUAUAUCUAUCGAUGGUGUUAAUACAGCAUACUUGUAUUUUGGGAUGUGGAAAACUACGUUUGCUUGGCAUACAGAAGAUAUGGAUUUAUAUUCGAUAAAUUAUUUACAUUUUGGAGCUCCAAAAACGUGGUAUGCUAUACCACCAGAACAUGGUAGACGAUUAGAGAGGCUAGCUAGUUUUUACUUCCCAUCAAGUUAUCAAAGUUGUCGGGCUUUCCUGCGUCAUAAAAUGUCUCUCAUUUCUCCCCAAAUACUGAAGCAACAUUCUAUUCCAUAUAAUAAAAUAACGCAGGAAGCUGGAGAAAUUAUGAUCACUUUCCCUUAUGGAUACCAUGCGGGUUUCAAUCAUGGAUUCAACUGCGCUGAAUCCACGAAUUUCGCUGCACCACGAUGGGUAGAAUAUGGUAAAAGAGCUAUACAAUGUACCUGUAGUAAAGAUAUGGUUAAGAUAUCUAUGGACACAUUCGUGAAACGUUUUCAACCAGAAAGGUAUGAAUUAUGGUUACGCGGAGAAGAUAUAGGUCCUCAUCCUGAAGAUCCUAAACAAACAGCCGCACCUAUGCCUUCUCAAAUGGAUCUUUUAUGUAAUAAUAGUAGCAAUGGACAAUUACCACAAAGUUACUUGAACGCUGCUCCAAAAAAUAAACGACACACUAUACAUAAAAAGAAGAAUAUAAUGGCAACAAAUCCGGAUGUCGACAUGGAAGAAUUAGUAAAUCGUUCUGAUAUUCCACCAGAUGUUAAGAAAGUGUUACAAGAUUUAGAGUUGGAAGAAGCAUAUGAUCAACCAGAUGAACAACAGUUGGAGGUUUUAGAAGAUAUAUGGCUGAAAGCAGGAGAAAUGGAUGUAAAUGAGGCUUCUGUAUACGAUGACGGUUAUAAUCGUAAAAAGAGUCGAAAAAGGAAGAAAAAGAACGCGGAUAAAAAUAAAUCGAAGUCCAAGAAAGAUUACAAUAAAAGUAUUACUGACGAAGUUACAGUAAAGACUGAAAUAAAACAGGAAGUAGAUGAAAGCUAUAACUUCUUGCCUUCUGCGGAGCAAAGUGCUCAAUUAGAAAGCGAUGUAGUUCCAGGUAGUUCCAACGUCAUUAUAACAAGUGACGAUAUCGUUGGAAACAUAAAAAUAGAAGAAGGAUCUGACUUUUCGGAAACUGAUAAACCUGUGAAAAAGAAGAAAAAACAUUCGAAGUGUGGAGAGCCAAAAAAGAUUAAAUCGAAGAACAUAAAUAAAACUAAACGUAAAAGUUUGAAUGUGUCCAUUUUCGAUACCAACGAGCCUUUGGAUGUAUCUGAUGCCGAUGUACAACGGAAACUUAUGGCUAUGCCAAGUCUUAAUUUACACAAAUCCUCAACAGUUAAUAAUGAAACCGGUAAUCAUAUAUCAGAAACGAUGACUUUUGCUGAUAACGAUACAAACAUGAGUCCCAUCAAAGAGAAGAAUGUUACAAAUAUUACAAAUAGCAGUCAGGUUGCAAUUCCUACAUGUAGAGAUACAAAAGAAACAGAGAUUUUGGAAAAUGAUGUGGAACAGCAAGUAAAUUUAUAUCCGAAGAGUACAAAGAAAGAUAGUAUAGUUACAAUAAAACCAUCAUUUUCUAAACAAAUUCCAUUGAAGAAUAUUUCUUUGGAUCAAGUGAAAGCUGCUAACAAAAUCGACAAAGCUGUGGAAUCUGAAUUCAUCAGUGGUGAUACUCAGAUUACUAUACAAGAAACGAAACCUGGUAUUUACACCAGCUGCAAAAGUGUAGGAACGAUUAUAAGUGAAAGGUCGAUACUUAAUUACCCGAAAAAAGACAUCAUAAAAGCUCCUAGGUUGAGUGUGCUGAAAUCAGCAUAUAAUAUACCAGCGACCGAAGUAUCUCCAAAGGUUAGCUCUGAGAAAUCUACUGGAGCAGAGAGCGACGCUCAUAUACCACCCAAAAGCAUAGUAAUUUCACCAAAGAGUUGGCCUAUCUCCAAAUUACAAGAACCUAAACUCUCGGGACCAAGCAUAAUGUUUUUAAACACUAAUUUCCCCAAGCCACCGAUUCUGCAAAAGGAAACAUCUCAAGAGAUAGGGAACGGAACGAAACGCGUGAAAGUUUCAAAAUCUGUAACUCCAUGCGCCAUUCAGAUACCACGAUUGGAAGGUAUUUUUACUAAAAAUACAAUUUUGACACAGCCAUUAGGAAAAAGAUCUUCUACGGAUACAUCAAAGAUGAUAGCAACCAAAUUCUGGCAACCAUCGACUAGUAAUAACAGCGUGUUCUUCUUGAAGGAUAUAAGAGACGACAAGCAAGUUCAUUCAACAGUUACGAACGCAGAACUACCUGAAGUCUCUGUUUCGUCUUCCCCGUUAAAUUUAUCGGGUAACAAUACAUUCUUUUUAACCACAACUUCAAAAUGCACAAACAUUGCAUUAAAUUCUCAGCCCUCGAUGAUGAUCGAUUUUAACAAAAAAUAUUUACAAACCUCUACUUCCGUUCCAAGUACGGCUAGUUCCUUCGUGAAGAUUAUACCAAAAUCGCAAGAUCAGUUAUUUAUAAAAAAGCCAAUUAAUCAAAAGGAAGAAAUCUGUAACAAGAUAUUCAAGAGCGCAGGUACGGUCGUUAGUAAUGUAAAGACCGUAUCGACGCAGGUGGACAGUACUUUGGAAGUUAAAAAUACAAAUAUCACGACAUUAGAUACUGGUACACAGUACACUACGAAUCAUUCCAGUACGGACUUACAAGAUUCUCAAAAAUCGAUUACUGUUUCACUCUCGCAACAGAAACAAUAUUCAAAUGUAAAGGUAGCAGAUGAUCAACUGCAACCUCAAAAUAUAGAAAAGAGUUUGGAGGGUACCAAUGUACUACCAUUGAAACAGUUAACGAGUUCGAGACGGAAAUUAAAAGAAAAAUUAAAAAAAGCAACCACUAGGAAAAAAGAAUCCACAGAAAUGAAAAUGGUUGCAGCAACGUCGAAUUUGGAGGAGUCAAAUAUAGUCACGUGCUCUGUGGAUCAAUCACCUUUGGUGUCUCAUCGUGUAUCAAUGGUACCAGGACAUAUAUCAGAUAUGUUGUAUCCUACAGUUCCAAAUAAUGACUUACUAAAAGCAUUCAAUGAUUAUUGGAGUGCUCAAAUAUCUCACUGUGCCAUUUGCGCACCGUUUACCUCAAGUUGUAAUGGACAUGGCAGGUUAAUGCCACCAGACUGGAAAUAUUGUAAGCCCACCGUUUUACCAGAGAGUUCACCAAUAUGGGUAUCUGCGAAUAUAUUCGUUGCCAACUCAAAAGAACAAAUCGUUGAACCAGAAAAUGAUAAGAUUUUACGUUGUAGAGAGUGUCAUGUCACGGUUCAUGCCUCUUGUUAUGGAAUCACUGUGUUACCUACAGAUCUACGAAAUUGGGCUUGCGAUAAGUGCAAGGCUGGUAAAACACAGGUGAUGUGUUGUUUGUGUCCUAUGCGGGGAGGAGCUCUUAAGCGAACCAGUGAUGGUAAUUGGGUACACAUACUAUGCGCUCUUUUAUUACCCGGAGUUACUUUUAAGGAUGCUAUAAAUAAGGACCCCAUUAAUGUAUUGGCCAUCAAACCAGAUAAUGUUAAACAACAGUGUUGUUAUUGUGGACAAAAGGAUGGCGCAUGUCUUAAAUGUAGUCACUGCAGCAAUCUGUUCCAUCCGUCUUGUGGUCUCGUCUCUGGCGCUACGUUUACGAUUCCCGUAUACAAUUCACCUGAACUUCAGGUAACGUGUGAUGGACAUGAUGAUGGGAAAGAAAAAAUACCACCGCUUCGACAGGGAGAAACUGUCUGGGCAAAACAUCGAAAUACGCGAUAUUAUAAGGCCAAAGUAGAUUCCAUACAUGAUACUUUAUUUUACAUGGUGACGUUCAAUGAUGACAGUUUCAGCGAUGAUUUGUAUCCAUCAGAUAUUAUGAAUUACGAUCCUGGAAAUCCACCACAACAAGGAGCUGCAGUUGUUGUGAAGUGGACAGAUGGUAACUUAUACAAUGGUAUUUUCGAAGGUACAAAUCAUCGGAUCAUGUAUACUGUAAUUUUUGAGGAUGGUUCCCAACUUCCAUUGAAGCGAAACGACAUAUACAGCUUACAGGAAGAUAUGCCAAAAAGAGUUCGGUCACGUUUGUCUGUUGCGACCGAAAUGAAGCACCGGUAUCAUCUGUAUGGCACGGAGGAUGAAUCGGAGGCGCAAAGAAAGGUGAAACAGUCGAAACAUUGUGAUUAGAACGAAAAAUUAUAUACGAUUCGUUGUAAAUAAUCGAUAGAGACAAAUAAUCAAUUUAUUGUACAUACCAUAUACGAAACAAUUGUACCUAAUCAUUUGAUCUUUUCUAAACGUAUACGUUAUUAAGAACAGACCAAAUUUGAUAAAUUUUUACUUUUUUCAUUUUCGUCUCGUUAUGUCAUUUCUAUGCGUUUUAUUCUUUCUUUCUGUUUCGUUUCGUUGUUUUCUUUUAAUGUCUUAAUUCACUAAAUUUUUUUGUCAGUACACUCCCUUAUUUUUAAGUAUGUCAUCGUUUAUUGAUUGAAUUCGUUGUAAUGAAAAUUAAUAAAUUAUGUUCCAAUAUUGUCGAAUGAAAAAGAAGUUCAAUAUUAAUGUUACAAUAUCUCUUCAAGAAAAGAAGGGUAUUAAGGAAACCACAGUGUUACAAAUUACGCGUCCCUCUGACGCGUUUCAUUCAUUCAUGGCUAUAAUUAAAGCAGCUUCGUUUUUAACUACUUAUCACGUAACUAGUAUAACUAACUAGUAACGAAUUAAUACAAAUUCAGAAUUUGUCACGCAAAAUGAAAAAAAGCGUAGCGUUUUUCUUGUUCUCUUGUAUUUAUAUGCAGUUAGAAUGAUUUAUUAUAUUCGACAGAUUAUUAAAGACAGGAUGAUAUCAUUCAGCGAAUUCUUAAGGAUCAAAGAAGAAAUAAUAAAUUUUAUGCUAUGUACUUCUGUAUAUAUUUGCAGAAUAUGAGUAGAAAUGAAAAGUUUUUAAGCGACGAGUCUCGUAUAAAACCUCGUAAUUGAAAAAGAAUUUUUUACUUUGUUUUAUGGAUAGAAGUAAUCGAAAAUUAAAUAUUUCAGAGAUUUGUAUUGCAUAUAUCUUGGUAAAGAUCAUGUCAAAUUGUAAUGCGUCAGCGACACUAAAUGCGUAUGUAGAACUGUAUUUAAAGCCGUUCAUUAUAAUAAACCAUUGUUACAAGGGUUCAGUAGUUAUUUGUGAAUACAUGUUUAACGUAUAAUUUCUUUUGUAUUUUUUCAUGUCAUAUUUAUUUUGUAAAGUUUUUAUAAAUAAUAAAUAUGUAUGAUAUGAUAUAUGAAUUAUCAUACGGAAAAAUAUAACAAAUUACUCUUAAAAAUUCAGUGUGCGAUGUAUUUUCUUAAAGUACAAUUUUUACAUGAGAUGUUUACGAAUACAUAAUUCUUGAUUCAUUCACGUUAUAGAAAUUAAUAAUGUAUUUCUGUUGAUUGCAGAAAUUUUUAGCGAAUUAAAAAUAUAACUAAAAAUUUUUUUAAUUGUUCUGUGACAACUAUUGAUCCCUUUAACGUGGCAAGUCAUGUUAAUUAUCUUUUUUGUCUUAAAAAUGUAUCAUUAAUAAAUUACAGUACUUGAUUGUGUGUGUUCAUUAUAAGAUUGUUCAAUAAACGUUUAUAACACGGAAGAGUGUAUUAUCGCCAUGAAAAUCUAUUCUUAUUUUUUAUUCACGUUAAAAGCAUGGUAUCAAUACUCUUGCAUUGUUUUAUUAUGGUUUCUUAUGACGGUAUGUUUUUUUCAUGUUUUUCUUGUAUGUUUUGUUUGAUUGUAUCAUGUUCUUAAUAUAGUGAACACUACACAUAAUAGUAAUCAUAACAUAUAUCUGUAUGUAUAUUUGUAGAAGAAAUUUGUUAUGGAGUUGUUGGUAUCCAUAUGAUCUCUUGAAAUUCUUUUCCUGUAGAGAUUUCAUUUAACUCUGAAAACAAAGAUAUGCGUGCGCAUAAGACGAGCUAUAGUUUUAUCUUAAAUUUACGUAAUUUAUGCGAAAGGAAAUCAUCACUUUUCCCCUGAUCACUUUAUUAUAUCAAUUAAGAUAGAUUAGGGGAAAUGUAUUAGUGUUUUAUCUGUAUAUGAUAUUAAUGAAAGAAAAAAAAUUAAUAAUGUAUCCGAGUAUAGAAACAGAUUGGAUACACAACGUAAAAUAAAAACUAAAUAUAUAAAAUAGCUCUUUUUCUUUCUACAUCACUAUUAGUUUUUCUUUUUAAUAUAAAAAAAGAAAUGCAGAUUUCGAUUGUAACAUUUUGUUUAAUUCUGUUUAUCUCCACUUGCUAUCAGGAAAAGUUCAGACAUUCUUUUGUUAUAAUGUAAUUGUAAAUAAGUAAGAUAAGUAUUAUUGUAGAAGUUAAUGAAUAAUAGACAGAAUAUAUUCAUAAACAGUUUUAUUUCUUAUUAUAUAAUAUCAUAUAUAAAUUAAUAACUUAUCCUUCCGCAAGUAAAGAUAUUUAUACAAAUAAUAAAUACAGUGUAGGAGUGUUGAAAUAGUGAAAAAUAUAAUUGAAACUUCCGAUUUCAAUAUUGAUACAGAUCAAAUAUUUUGUAAUAGGAAUAUAUUUUUCAAUAAACAUCUAAAAUUGUCACGGUUUAUUCUUACGAAUUAA